AGCCGGAAGUGCUGAUGACACUCUGCCACAGGCAGCUAACUAGCUGGCUAGUGUAUUGAUGCUUCAAAAACAGCUGUUGAAUUAUCUCAUGUUUUCCGGCUGAGAUGUUGACACAUUCGUGACAAGCUGUCACAUGGCGACCAGAGUUUGGGAUUGGCCCAAACGAAGUCAGACAGCGCUAAACUAAAACGACACUGGCGUUUAUAUAGUUGUGAAAUCUCUAACCUCGCCCUCUAAGCUAACGCUAACUGAUAGCCGCAAGAGUGAAGUGCAGCUUGCUAGCUCCUACAGGCUAGCUGGAGCUAGCACCGUUACUAGUUCAUUCAAAGUAAUGCAGCUGAGGAGUAUCCAUAGUUAAACCUUCAUGAUGGCUGGUUCCCAGUGGGAGCUUCCUCCAGAGCUAUGCUGUAGGCCCAUGGCCUUUGUAGCUCUGACCGGUCUGGAUGUGGUGUUCAAUGCAGUGCACCGAGCCAUCUGGGAUGCCUUCUGUGCCAACCGACGAGCAGACAGAGUCCCAAUCUCUUUCAAAGUGCUCCCAGGUGACCACGAGUACCCGAAAUGUCGCACUAAGCGAACUUCCUACGAGUGGUACAUCCCUAAAGGCAUCCUGAAGACGGGCUGGAUGAAUAAGCAUCUGAACCUAGUACCUGCUCUGGUCGUUCUCUUCUAUGAACUGGACUGGGAUGACCCACAGUGGAAAGAAAAACAGUCUGAAUGUGCCACAAAAGUGGAGAUUGUCAGGACCAGUCUUCAGGGCAGGAACACCAAGGUGGCUGUGGUUUUAAUUCAGAAGAAAACUCCUUUACCUCCAGGAGAGGACCUGGUAGCAUCAGAGAGAGCAGCUGCUCUUUGUAAUGCUUGUGAUCUGUCUGGCAAGAGUCUCUUUGUGCUGCCGCACACUGACCACUUGGUGGGCUACAUUAUAAGGUUGGAGAACGCCUUCUAUGAACAUGCUCAGACAUACUACUACACUGAGAUUCGUCGUGUCAAAUCACACAAGGAGUUUCUUAACAAAACCACACAUCAGCUGCUGUUUGUCAGACACCAGUUUAAGAUCGCUUUCUUCAGUGAGCUGAAACAGGACACACAGAACGCUCUCAAGUAUUACAGAACUGCAUACAGUCUUGUCCAUGAGCUCAGAGCCCAUGAAACCAACAUGUUGGAAAUCAAAACUAUGGCUGGAUUCAUCAACUACAAGAUCUGUCGUCUGUGUUUCCAGCACAACACUCCUCUAGAUGCUAUAGCUCAGUUCAGGAAACACAUUGACCUGUGUAAGAAGAAGAUUGGCAGUGCUGAACUGGCCUUUGAACACACUGCAUGGAUGUCUAAACAGUUCCAGUCGUUUGGUGAACUCUUUGAUGAAGCAAUAAAACUGGGUCUGACAGCCAUCCAGACCCAGAACCCUGGUUUCUACUACCAGCAGGCUGCCUGUUACAGCCAGGAGAGGAAGCAACUGGCACAGCAGCUGUGUCAGGCUGGAGUGAGUUACCCUUCCCCGGAUCCUCUGGACACUCAGAGUGGAGGACUGGACUUUUAUGGACAGAGACCAUGGAGACAAGGACACCAGAGUAUUGAUCCUCCAGAUGCAGAGAAGGAGAAGACAGGGAUUCUGGCUCUGCAGAUUAAAGAGAGCGAUGUACCACAUUCUGAGGUGAUAAUAGCGCUCCUCAGUAAUGCUGUUGCCCAGUUUAAGAAGUACAAGUGCCCCAGAAUGAAGAGUCACCUCAUGGUGCUUAUGGGAGAGGAAUACUACCACGCUAAAGACUACACCAAAGCUCUAAAGCUGUUGGACUAUGUGAUGUGUGACUAUCGUACAGAGCGUUGGUGGGGACUCCUGACUGCCAUACUGACCACAGCUCUGCGCUGUGCUUAUCUGAUGGCCAGUGUCAAAGAUUACAUCAUAUACUGCAUGGAGCUUCUGGGCAGAGCUUCAACCCUGAAGGAGCAGCAAAAGGAGAGGAUUGAGAAAAAUCUGCUCAAAGUCCUGAAGAACGAGGUUCCUGACUCGGAGCUGGACUGUGAUCCGUCCUCCGUCAGUGCAGCCACGCUGCUGUGGAACGACCGCAUGGCUUUAUCUGGAUCUAAUGAGUUUAGUAUAGAAGUGCAGGAUUACAUUCCAUUCAUUCAGUGUAAGGCCAAGUUCCACUCUCCCAGUUUUCACGUGGACCAGCCCAUCCAGCUUCAGGUUUUCCUCCGAGCCGACUGUCCUCAUCCUGUAUCACUGAACAAGCUGGCUGUCAGCCUCAGUAACCAGGAGUAUAACCCAUGGUGUGUGGUGGAGUCGUCAGCUCAGGACAGUAUGAACUUAUUACCUGGGAAAACCAAAUGCUACAGCUUCAGCUUUGUGGCAAAGACUGAAGACGUUGGCAAGAAGAUUGAGAUUACUGGAGUGGAGGUGAUGCUGGGCAGCGACUCCGGCCGCUGUGUGUUUGUGAGCUGGCGAGGAGCAGGUGGAGAUGCAGCCUCCUCACAUGAAGCGCUGCAGGCCAGCCGGUCCUCGCGCCGCUGGGGGCGGAGCGCAGAGACGUGUCCAGAGCAGGACUGGAACAGUGUGAUCAUGCAGCACAGCACCAUGAUCAUCUCCAGAGUCCCAAAGAUCUCGGUGAAGCUGAGCCACCAGCCUCCUGCUCUCAGCAAUGAAAUGUACUGCAUCGGCCUCAUUGUCCAAUCACAGGAGGAGGGCGUGGCUAAGGAUGUCAAACUUACAGCUGGCCUCAAACCAGGCCAGGAUGCUAACCUCGGCCACACCACACACGUGACAGUGGAUGGAUCAAAGGUUUGUGAUGAUACUGCACCUGCUCUGCUCCCUGAUGUUCCGCUGGGAGACCUGAAACCAGGACAACAGCUGGAGAGCUGUAUACAUGUGAGGUGUGUGUCGACUGGACCGCGUGUGUUCCUGUUCCACGUGGCCUACAGCAUCGACACCACAGUGGAAGGAAAACACAUCGUCUGCAAGUGUCACAAGGAUGAAACCGUUACCAUAGAGACUGUGGUCCCAUUUGAAGUGUCUGCCAAGUUUGUGUCCACAAAGUUUGAGUCAUUGGACCGUGUAGCCAUGGACAUUCCCUUCCUGUUGAUGACAGACAUCAUCUCUUCAUCUCCUUGGCCUCUGGAGAUAGCCUCCUCCUCUCUGCAGCUCCUUCAUGUGACCAGCAACACAGCACAGCUUCAGUCUCAGCUACAGGAAGUGGUUCUGCAGACUGCUGAAUCUGCCAGUGAGUGUUUCUGUCUCCGUUGUCCACCACCACCACUGACCAACAGCAACAACACAGUGGCUACAGGACAGUACUUGAUAUCAUGGAGAAGGAAGCCGUCCAGUGCAGACAGUCCUCUCAUCCAGACUACAGUCACACUACCUCAUGUCAUCCUGGAGUCUGUCCCGCUCUACAUCCACGCUGAUUUACCAUCGGUUGGCAGAGUCAGGGAGUCUCUUGCAGUGCGUUACCACAUAGAGAACAGAACAGCUCAGGUGCAGGAGGUGGAGAUGGCUGUUGAACCCUCUGAUGCCUUCAUGUUCUCUGGACUCAAGCAGGUGCGUCUCCGUAUCCUCCCUGGCUCUGAGCAGCAGAUGCUCUAUAACUACUACCCUCUGAUGGCUGGUUAUCAAACACUGCCCCAGCUCAACAUCAGCCUGCCCCGCUGCCCCACCACUAACACACACACUCUGAGAAGAUUCCUGCCUCAACGCAUCUUUGUCAAGCCUCAGGGUCGACAGCCUGACGAUGCGUCCAUCGCUGCAGCUUGAGGAGAACACGACCUGUGGACUGUACAUAUGCUCGUUCUACACGUAUGAUUCCUCUGAGAUGAUGAAAUAUUAACACUAUUUGUUUUACAACGUUCUGUACAAACACAUGCAGUGUUUCCACCGUGAGUGUGAAGAACGUCGUCAUGAAUGCACCGAUGUUCAUGUAACGGUAACAAUCUUGUGUGAAUCCUGUGUGAACUAUAAUGGACACGAGUGUAAUACAAACUGGAAACUGAGUGUGAUGAAGAUUUAAUUAAAUUAAAGAGAAGUUAACUAUG